CACAUUGCUGAUACACUUCCUUUCAAGCUUUUAAAAUGAAUAUGUACGCGUUUUUCGAUUCGGCUAAGGCAUUAUAUUUAAGUUGGCGCGGAAUUCUGCGUAUUUUCAUCUAUCUGGAGUUGAGUAAAGGUAGACAACUUAAAUUAUUGCUAACAAAGGUCAACAGAAAAGUCCGUCAGUGGAGGUCAGACGUACGCCGGCGUAGCUAUUUCAGAGGAUAUAGGUUACAUGAACGCUUUCUUUCGGUUCGUUUGUCCUAAAGCAUUCUUCAUAUUCAGUAAAUAACAUGACGGCUAACGUUAUAGCUGCCAAGUUACAUGCUUUGCGUGUUUGUCAGUCGAUGGUAAUGCAUCUGCUGUGAAGGUAGCUCUGAUAAUGCAAGACCUGUUGGGGAUUGUGUUUCUUCGACUCGAAAGAGUCCACAAUAAAUGCAGCGUUCAAUACAAUCACAUGGCGUAGUACCACAGUCAACGGCAACACUGACAUGACGUUACACCAGUUUUUGACAGGAUGAGUUACAGUAACGUUAGUGAUUUAAAAGGUUAACAUUGGUCCUUUUGUCAUCUUGCAUCAUAGACUGUAAAAAUCCGACAAGCUGAGCUAGCUUAACUGCCAUCAACUUGUAAUGGUUACCUGUCUUUUGUUAAACCCCUAUCUCAUAAGGUUAUGUAAGUUAGCUAUAGCCUGGUGUUAAAGGUGCGAUCUUUGAGCCGUUGAAAUCAUUUCAUGUGAUUGUGGAUGCGAGAGUGCUAAAUUAACAGUUAACUAUCUUGCUUACAUUAAUGCACCUGCAAGGAUUAAAAAGUAAACGUGUUUGUGGGCCUGAGAAGCCUGACAAGCUUGGUCCUGUCGCAGCUGUACACACUGGUUGACUUUUGCCGCUUGGUUAAGUCUUAAUUAUCUCAAUGGGGUAUAGUCAAAUGACAAUAGCCACAAAUGACUUAAAUGGGCUGGGCAAGCUUUUGGAGGGGUUUCAUAUUUGAUAAUGUUGAAAUGGCUUCCUGUAAUAGGAAUCUAAUGUAACUUCAGCCCUGCUGUUGUGUGUGUGUGUGUGUAUAUGAGUGUGUGUGUGUAUAUGUGUGUGAUUCUUCUUGCUGUAAUUCAUCUCUGUAUUGUGUCGGCAUCUUCAAAUGACCUCGUCAGUCUCAGAGCCUGUCCACACCAGCCCAUGCAAUUUUGCAACCGUGAAGUUAUGUUCCUGGUUAGAGGUUGUUAUCUAGCUAGAGUAAACGUUUGCUUGAUAGGCUAAAAUGAACCUGACAAAGUUGUUGUUGUUUAUUGGCUUGCUGUCAGCUGUGUUCGGCUGUCAUGUCCAGCUGCUCAACCUAAUGCAACAACGGUGGCGCCUAGAUGAGCAACGAAGGAGACUGCUCCUCUUGCUAGCGACCCCAACUACAACUUUCUCAAGGAGACAGCAGAGACCUUUCCGGUGUCAGUGGAAGUUCUGGACGAGGCUAAGUCGGACCUCUGCCUGUUGGGAUAAUUUAGAAAAUAAUGAAAAGUUUAUUGGUUAAAACAGCCUUCCCAUUUUACCUUACAUCACCACCUAUUGCUGUGGCAUAUGUAUUACACAUAUAUUGCAUCAUUUGGUGGCGGAUUUUACGGUUGCGUGUGUACAUAGUUAUUCUCUGUAAUUUUUAUUACACCACUCGUGUGGACACAGAAUUUUAUUUAACAAAUCCUUGGUUGCAAAAUAACCUGGUCUUGUGUGGACAAGGCCUCAGAGGCUGUGUUCAGUCUCAGUAAGGUGUUCAGCUGUGUUCACUCUCAGACUGCUAAACCAGUUUUAGUUUAACCCUGUUGUCUGUGGUGAUUCCCUUGUGAUCCCAAUGUCUUGAUCCAGGCAAACUCUUGUGUGACUGGGUCUUGAGCUAAUUGAGCCAUGAGCUAAUUAGCCAAAGGUAGCUAGUUACAGCCAAGCGUAGCUAAUAAAGCAACAAGGUGCACUGGUGAUAUGCUCCCUCCUGUACUUUUGAAGCUACCUUCAAAAUUCAAAUAGCACCUUCAAGGCAAGUUUUUGAAAUACAGUCUCAAAUUAGAUUACUGACUGACUGAAACCCAAAUCCAAUCUGAUAUGUGAAGAUUGUUUGCCCAGUUGUCAUUUUACUGAUCACUGGCUACACUGUCUCUUUCGGUCUUCGCACUAAGUGUUGAAGAUCUGCUUGGAAUACACAAGUACAGAGGAGGCAGACUUGUGAUCAGGACUAAUGGAGACAACGGAAGUUUGUGAGAUUGAUGUGGCCACCAGAAGAAUAGUGGGAGGUAGUUAUUCUCCUCCAAACCUGGACAGUCCAGGACAGGAGGAGGUUGCAGAGUUUGGUUUGGGUCUGUGCUGUGCUGAGGAGGAGAGGGGAGAGACUCCAGGCAGAGAGGACAGUCCCAGUGACCUAGGGGAGGCAGAGCUUGACCCCGGAGGAGAUCCCAAGACUGGAGAGGACAAGACUUUUGGGAAGGAGGUUGUUCUUUUGAUGCAAGCCCUAAACUCCCUUGCCACUCCUGAGGAGAAACUGGCUGCUUUGUGCAAGAAGUAUGCAGACCUGGGUCAAAUCAUAGAGGACCGGGUGUUCUGCUACAGCAGCAAUCAACUUUUCCAUCGCCAUCUUGGAACAAUGUUGGAGGAGAGUCGCUGCAUGCAGAAGCGGCUGAAGGCCUUGCAGAAGAAGCAGUCUCAGAUUGUAAAGGAGAAGAUCCACCUGCAGGGGGAGCACAGCAAAGCCAUCCUGGCCCGCAGCAAGCUAGAGAGUCUCUGUAGGGAGCUGCAGAGACACAACAAGACCCUGAAGGAGGAAAAUGCCCAGCGGUCCAGGGAGUACGAAGAGCAGCGGAAGGAGGCCAUGCUCCACUUCCAGAUGACCUUGAGCGACAUUGAGGUGCAGAUGGAACAGCAUAGCUCCCACAACACCAAGCUGAGGCAGGAGAACAUGGAACUGGCCGAGAAGCUCAAAAAGCUCAUUGAGCAGUACGAGCUUCGAGAGGAGCACAUAGACAAAGUGUUCAAGCACAAGGAGCUGCAGCAGCAACUGAUGGACGCCAAAUUGCAGAGAAUUACUGAGAUGAUGAAAGAAGUGGAGGAGAAGCAGCAGAGAGAGAGAGACUUUCUGCUGAAGGAUGCCACAGAGUCCAGGCAGAAGUGUGAGCUGAUGAAGGAACAGGAAACACAACUCAAACAACAGCUGUCUCUGUACAUGGACAAGUUCGAGGAGUUUCAGAGCACUCUAGCUAAAAGCAAUGAGGUGUUCACCACUUUCAGACAAGAGAUGGAGAAGAUGACCAAGAAGAUCAAGAAGCUGGAGAAGGAAACAACACAGUGGAGGACCAAAUGGGAGAAUAACAACCAGGCCCUGCUGCAGAUGGCUGAGGAGAAAACUCUGCGAGACGGACACUUCAAGGCCCUGCAGGGGAAGCUGGAGCUGCUGGAGAGGCUGUGCAGAGCACUGCAGAAGGAGAGGAAUGACCUCAACAACCGACUCAGCCUUCUCCAGGAGCAGGGAGACAAAGGGACCGCUGCACCUGCUGAGGCCGAGCCACAGGAGGCGUCAGCAGGUGAGGAGGAGGAGGAGGAGGAGGAAGAUGAUGAUGGUGAUGAUGAUGAUGAGGAAGAGGAGGAGGAAGAAGGCUUGCCUCAGGGUGACAGCCUGAAGACGGAGAGCAUCCACCAAGCAUCCAGACUAUCUGAAGAGGGCCCUACACCGGCUGCUAUUGACAAACCCACCACUGCUAUGAUGACAACCAACCAGCCUGCAGAAACACCACCCACACAGCAGGACUGAACGAGCCUACAUGGCCUGUGUGUGGAGAUGAGAAGGCUGUGAUAGGAGGACUCCACACACCUAUGCCUUGUUCAAUAACUAGCCAGAAAAAUGUCUUUGAUGGAGAUAAGUUUCUUUUUUUAUAUUCUAGACUGUCCUCUCUGGGUGUCUACACAGAAUCUGAACCCAUAUCUUUUUUGUGUGAUAGUCUCAAAAGAUUCAAAUUAUUGUUUCAAUAAUUCUAUUCAGUAACUUGGCCCACGUUUACAUUGGUUGUAAGAAUUGGCUUUGUGGCGAGCACUUGGUACUCCCUGUUUUAUAUCAUAAGUGUAUUUUCAUAUGGGAUUUCCAUGAUGUCAAAUCGAGGCUGUUCAGAGUCAAAUUGGCCUUUUAUUUCUCUUUUCACAUGGUCUCUCCCCUGUAGUGUCAUAUGUCUCUGAGGAAAUGCUAGGGAUUCAAUUCAGAGAUGGGUACACCAAUAAGCCACAAUAUUGAAUCCACUGAGAGGUGAAGUGAAUAGCAUUGUAAUGUUACAAUGCAUUGUUCUGCUGGGAAACCAGGUUUACGUCUUGUGUUCCACGUCACAUUCAUUCUUAAACAGCUUUUGUGGGGGCAGGGCCCAUUGUCCUGCUGGAGAUCAGGUGUCCUUGUUCUGUGACAGUGUUUGCGUGGGUGGUGUUCCAAGUGGCAUCCACAUGAAUGCCAGGCCAAGUUAUCACAGCAGAACAUUGCAUUGUAAUGAGAUGAUCAAUGUUACUCUCUAGAACUCUUAGUGGUUUUAAUGUUGUGGGUGAUUGGCUUAUAUCACAUGGUCACUUAUUAUUGAUUAUUAAUGAAGCCUUAAAGACACAAUGGGACCUGUAAAGCUAUAAGGGAUGUGGGACGAAGUGUAGAAAAUGUGCAGAAUCAGUUUUUUUUUUUUUUUUUUUUUUUAUCUGUAUAGGCCAUAGGGUAUUGAGUGUUUUUUUCCCCUUUUUUUAAUCACAUCAUUCAUAACGUGGAUAUGUUUUUCUUUUCUCAAUUGUGGGAUUGUUCGGUUUGCUAAUUGCCAAUUAGCAAGCUAGCUCACAGGGCUGUCACUCUUGAUCUGAAAAGAAAAACAGAGUAUUUGAUUUAUGAUUUGUUUGAAUUGAAAACAAGCCUGACAGUCCUAAAAUCCACAUGCUCUGUAAGUAAACUGGUUAUUGCUUUUCUUUUUGCAAUUUUACAAUCAAAAACACGUCAUUCUGAGAAGUAAUGUGUGGAAGCAGUUUGGAUUGUUGGACGGAAGAACUAUGGAUAAAAGUGAGGCUGACUUUGGAAAAUGUAACUUGGGUCUUGGCUAGUGAGGUCGCAGUGGCUCCAUGGACAGAAAAAAAAUUACUCUGCAACAGAGUUUAGAUUGGUCUGUGGCUUUCCAUUCUAAUUAACUGAAACAAAUGAUGUUGCAGUCUAUAUUUGUUGGAACUUGGCUUUUGUAAAUGGUAAUGGCUCUACUAGCUAAAUUUCAACAAAUUUCUACCACAGCUCCUGCUAAAUACAUCUCCUUUGUUGCGCAGUAGCACUGGGGCAUUCAUAAUUGUUUAACUAUAGGGAUAAUAGGCUAGCUUUGUCUAUUUGAGACAGUUUUUGAGGUUCAGUGAUACCUCAUUGGAGUUUAAGUCUCCAAAAAAAGUCUGCUUGUAUAAAUGCCACUCUUGGGUGUUGUGUUCUGUGGACUGGGACUAAAGGCUGUUUUAAGGAUGAACUUGAUGGCUCAUCACCAGAUUGAUUGAUGAUUGAUGAAGAGGGUUGCUGGUAGUUGGUUCUGUUGCAAGCUGUUGUUCUCAAAGUUAUAAACUGUAAGAUUAUUUUGUAUCAAUCCUCAAUAUUUGUUGCAGUUUAAGGUUGAAUUCCUUUCUAACCUUAAACUCUGAAAUUGCACUCUGUAAUUUUCGCUAAAGUUUGCUAGUCUAUAGUCCAACUAUGUGGAAUUCAAACAACUGGCCUCUGUAGUGGUGGAUUCUGCACAGAAUUUUAGAUUUGUAUUACUAAAUGUCACUUUAGUUAGCACAAGUGUCACCAAAUCAAGCAGGACUUGGGGAUUAAAAAUCCCAUUUUUUACCUGUUUUGUGUUCAGACAGUCCCGCCAUCCCUGAACUAUGGGGAAAUUAAAAAAUAAAAGAGUAAUAAAGGUCAGGAUGUUUAUUUAGUUGCCUGCCCGAGGGACAACUAAAGUGAUGUAAAGAGAUAAAAGGUCAGUAAACAUGCAAAAUGUUCUGCAUGAUUUUAAUCUGCAGCUCUACAAUCGAUGUUUAAUUUAAUAAACCAUGUCAUUUGACUUCCAUAUGGUCAGGUUAACAGGGUGUACAAAGAAAAGGCAUGUCAGGAGUUCUGAAUCGCCUUUGUCCACCGGCAAAUUAUUUUCUGUAAAUUAUGUUUAUUAUGUCACAGUAAUGGACCCUGUCAUUUUUGCAAAUUUAUACUGGAAAAAAAAUGAAUGUGAUUCGCUUUUCUAUUACAUUUUAAUAAAUAUAUUUUGAUUUCCAUCUUUGA